AUGGAGAUUCUUUGUGAUCUGAAUUCCAGCUCGUAUGUGGUGUGCUGUUAUGGGAACGAAAUCACAAGGUCGGGUGAUGGAAAACUUUACUACAAUAUACUGCUGGAGAAGUGUUGUGGGGGUAGUUUGGGAAGUCGGAUCAGGAACUCUGGUGGGGUUGGAUUACCGGAGAAUGAGGUGAGGUGCUAUACCCGGGAUAUAGUUCGAGGACUGUGUUAUAUUCAUGACCAUGGUUAUGUCCACUGCGACAUCAAACUAGAUAAUAUCCUACUUGUGAUGACUUGUUGCAAUGGUUUGAGAGCAAAGAUCGGUCAUCUUGGGUUGGCCAAGGAAGCCUAUUAUAACCCUGUGGAUGAGGAUGAUGAUGAUGAGGGAUGCAGUGGGAUGAGAGGUACUUUCCGAUAUAUGUCUCCUGAAUUAGUAGAGCAUAUAAGGUGCAGUGUUGGCUUUCAGACAUAUGGGCACUUGGUUGCAUCGUGA